CAAACCAGAGGAAAAUAUUCUCAGACGCGCCAUGAGAAAACGCCGUCUGCCCAGAUCCUCGCCGAACGGGCGCAUACUUCCUUCUUCCAGAACCAGUCACUGGAUGCAUCGCCAUAGAGUCUUUUGCGAAUGGGUACUUUUCACCGUGCUCUGUUUCAGCCCGGCGGGGACGACGGCCGGUGUCGCGGCCAGCACGGACUCGUUUCCGGCCCUUCUACCCCCGUUGACUGCCGGUGCCACCGCAGCGAACUUUCCUCCUCAUCCUUCGUCCCCAUGGUACGACGUGAAUAUGGGGACCUCUUCCGAUAGCGAUGGCGACAAUGAGCUGGAAAGCAGUUCCGAUUUCGAAGAAGUCGAAUUGGGCGCCUCCUCUCUAUCUGGCCUUAGUAAUUCUGCAACGACAGACACGCGUUUCGGUACCAAUAGGAACAACCACAGCAAUCGACCCAGAAGCCACCCACACCCGCGAAAGGAUUUGGAACAGUCGUCAACGGAAUCGUUCGAACACGGCAAUAGUUCACUGAAAAAUUGUUCUACAAACCGUAGGAAUAGACCAAGUCUCCUUAACCAAAACGAUGAGCUCGCGGCUCCGGGAAACGACAAAAAAUAUCCUGCUUCUCGUGUAGGAACGAAACAGAUCGAGACUUCUGGAUCUCAGCCUUUGCAGACGCUCCAGAAACUGCAACAGAUGCUCGAUGAGACAGGUUACAUGACUUCGAAACCUAGAAAAUCGGAGACGGGACCUCAACAAUUUGCUCAAGCUUCGACGGCCGUCUCCGUACAUGAAAAGACUACAAGCACAUCGAAAAACGCAUUUACAGAUUCAAGAUCGCUUCCAAAUGUGGUGGAGCACAAAGUGGAUGUAAAGGCGGAGGCGUUAGCUAUAAGUACGGCAGCGGCGUCCCUCCGAAGUACAGUGUCGGCAAGCCAAAGUGACUUGAACCCGUUGACUACUAAAAGUCCAGUUCCUGAGCCGACCGAGAAACUAUGGACGAGCCAAGACCGGUCCAAAUACAAGCGUCAGCAAUAUUUAUUGCGCAAAGCUCGAGCAGAGCAAAAGGAUUUGCAGCACAGAAAUACUCGCCUUUCGAGUGAACCGAAUAUUCCACCCCCGCCCCCUCCGAGGAUGACUUCAACCGAACCACAACACUUUUCAUACUACCAACAAACAAAUAGAUACCGCCAAGCCCCACAUUUUCAGCCAGCGGUGUCGGAAGAUGAAGAAAACGCAUACACUGAUGACGGCCUCGGGUAUACGCUUCCAAACCUGCCGGUCUAUUACAGUGACAACGAAGGUGAAUCCGAAGAAGUUGCCGAGGAAUUCGCAAAGUCGACUACAAUUCAGGAACUGCCUUGGCAACAGUUGCCGGCUGAAUCUUCGUCUAUGCAGUCGACGAUUGGAAAUCCCCAUUCUGCCGUUUUCCGACCUCCUCAAUACGUGCGAACGCUCCCACACGACUACUUAUCACAACAGCAGCCGUAUAUCCAACAGCAGAACAAUCAUCAUCACCACCAACAACAGCAACAGCCAUACACCGGAUACAACAGCAACCACCAUGUGCCGUAUACACCGCAUCGAUAUCCAUAUCAGUAUUCUACCUACGGAUACGGACCACCACCGCAACAAGGUUACACAGCAACACAAGGAGCGUAUAAAGGUUUGUAUGGACCUCAAUGGGUGCAGUCGAAUCACCCAAAUUAUGGGAAUUACCCCGGAACCCAUUCUUCACCACCGCAACAUUCACAGUCUCACUUCGAAUCGCCGCCACAAAUCUUAAAAGAAGUCCCCAAUACGGGGAAUGCGCGGAUGGCUUCAAGUACGAUCAAUCCUUCGAAGGCAGGUCACCAGCUUUCUGCCUUAGCAAUGCCCAAACAAUCGGCUACGGUUUUGACAACUUCAGUUGGAACCCAUCCCAUGGAGACAUCGCAAUUGGGCUUUGGUACUAGUCAGUCUUUAGCAGAAGCGAGUGCCCGGAUAAGCUUUGAUGCGAUUCAACAAAUAAGUUUCAUGAUGAUGAUGACAGCCUUACUUUGCUACUCAGCCGUGUCGCCCAGGACGUUGCCGUUGACGGAAUACAAUCUUCGCUUUUAUGAGAAUAUUCAAAGCGUUUCCCUCUCGGCUGUUGUUCCCAUAAUUAGUAUGGUGUCAGUUUUUGAUGCGCGAGAAAAUGAUGUCAAUCGCAUCGUGAAUACUUUCUUUUUCUCGUUUACUUUAGGUUACACCAUGGCUUUUGCCGGCGAAGUUGUCAUGGCGACCGUUGUUCGCCUACUUACAUUUUUCUGGUUUGAACCCAAUAUCUUUUCCUUGACCCCCAUGGUUCCGGUUCCGAUUUUGCCAUGGGUUUUACGAGAAUGCAAGUACCGUCCAAAGCGUAUAACACUGCUGGCAGCAGACUUCGGAACGAGCUGCGUUGCUGCGCCGUUUAUUGAGGAAUACAUGAAGCUGAAAAUUGUACAGUGGUUCGUCGAUUUACCAAGAAACUUCAAUUGGUCCACUCGCAUAUCGUCGAGAAGCAAAAAGAGGCGGAGGAUUGCGGAAGCGGUUGUCAGAGGUCCUGCAGAGCGAGACAUCGUUUCAGCAAACCAAUACGUCACGCACAUGUUGGCUGCCAGUUUGGGGAUGAAACUUUGUGACGCGGGGCGCCGUAUUUUGAUGUACACGAAAGUCUCCAAUGAAAACAAAAGCUUUUACGCCAUUUGCAGAGGGAUUUUUCCUAUCCAUGAAUUGGGUAGACCUUCCUGUGUGGAGGAUGCUGUUGCCAGCAACCAUCGUACAUGGGAUGGCGAACCUCCGGGGAAUGAAGCCUAUCUUCAAAUGGAACUCGGCUACGCCCUGGUCGGAAAUGCAACUCUCACCGUUGAAUGUACCCGAUGCGUCGACCCUGCCGCAGCUUUUGAAGAAGGGAUACGCCAAGUUGAUGUGGGCAAUAAUUCUUGCUCGAGUUCUUGGAUACUGCAUUAAGAAUUACUACAUGGUGAAUAGACAAGCUGUGAAACGCACGACGACAUAUGCAGGGAAUCAUGCGGCCUUUUCGGCAGAAUUGGCAACAGCGGAAGUUCUCAAGCAGAAGAAAUGAAUAAUUUUCUCCUAUUAUAUAAUGUACACUUAAAACGCUU